GGCGGAGCCGGCGCUGGGAAGGGCGCGGAGAGCGAGCACGUGCGGGCGGUGCGGGUUUGCUGCGCUGCAGGAUGUCCAAGCCCAAGGAGCUGGCGGAAACCACCAGUUCGGGAAGCGACUCCGAGCUGGAGAAGGAGAAGGAGAAGAAAAGGAAAAAAGAGAUGCCCUCCAAGCCGGAGAAAAAGCCCAAAACAGAAGCCAACAGCUCCAAGGUGGCGACAAAAAGCCACGGGCAAGACAGCGAGGAAGAGGGCAUGUUCCAGAUUGGGAAGAUGCGCUACGUCCGAGUGUCCUGCUUCAAGGGGAAGGUCCUGGUGGAUAUCCGGGAGUUUUACAUCGAUAAGGAAGGAGACACGAAACCCGGCAGGAAAGGCAUCUCUCUUUCGGCGGAGCAGUGGAACCAGCUGAAGGAGAUCAUUCCAGAGAUCGACGCCGCCGUCAAGAAAUUCUAGAUGGAGCCUGCUUGGAAAGCCUGUCCUUUUGCUUGGUUUUUCCCCCUUGACGCAUUUCCCUUCUUAAUUCCCCUUCCCGCGUUUUGCUAAUAAAGCCAGCCUUUUGGUCUGCA